CCAGAUGCAGAGGUCCAAAUUCAAAAGGGCCAGUACAAUACUAAGAGCAGGGGUCUAGGGGCCAAAGCAUCUGUGUUCCAAAAAGGGCUCUUCCAGCUGUGUCACCUUUGGACAGUUACUUGAAGAUCUCCUGCCUUAGUUUCCUCAUCUUUGUGGUAAGAAUAAUGGCAUGCCUACAUCUCAGCAGCUAGCACAGGACUUCGGGUUAAGAGAGGCUGUACAUGGAAAGCACUUGAAUCACCAUGUGGGACACGUUACCUGAUGCAGCUGCUCUCCUGCUUACAUUCAGGACCGCACUCUGGAGGCUAGAAAACUGGCUGCUUUGUACCAUAAACUAAAUAACAUAAAAAAUAUUUGGAAAUAAGAAACUAGGAAGAAGAAUUUCCAAGAAAUGGACAUGGAAAUCUCAGUAGCGGAAUUUUGUUGGUCAAAAUAUUGUACCUUGGAAGAGGAUUAUGAAAAUUCAGUGUCAGUGGGUAAUAUGAGAGCCCUAAGGAACAUGCAGCACAGCAAAGUGGGGAAAGCCCUGGACAGGGCAUCAGAAGGCCCAGGCUCGAGACCCAGUGCUGCAGGAGCUGUGUGACACACGAGGCCGCGCUCCCCUCUAUGCAGUGCACUUUCCCAGCCUGUAACAGCAGUCAGCUGAAGGUAUGACAGCAGUACUGGCUUCGUAUUUACACUCCAUCAGUGAGGAAUACAAGCAGAUCUCCACUUAAGUUCCACAGGGACCUUCUGAGCAGCACCUGUCGAGCACCAGCUAAGCAAGACGACUUCAGAGUGAUUGGUCCUGCCCAUCCUAUCCUGGCCAGGGUCGGGGAAGAUGCCCUGCUAAGCUGUCAGCUGCUCCCCAAGAGGGCCGCCCUGCACAUGGACGUGAGCUGGUACCGCUCGGAGCCCGGCACACACGUGUUGCUUGCACGCCGGAACGGAGCUGAGGUGACCGAGCAGCAGAUGGAAGAAUACAGAGGCCGCGUAGAGUGGAUAGAGGACGACAUUGCCGAGGGAGGUGUGGCUCUGAAGAUGUAUAACAUCCAACCUUCUGAUAAUGGGCAAUACUGGUGCCGUUUCCAAGAGGGGAGCUACUGCGGAGAAACAAGUCUGCUCCUCAAAGUAGUAGGUCUGGGGGCUACCCCUCACAUCCACAUGGAGGGAUCUGUGGAAAGCGGAGUCCAGCUUGUAUGCACUGCAAAAGGCUGGUUCCCAGAGCCCCAAGUCUAUUGGGAAGACAUCACGGGAGAGAAGCUGCUGACUGUCUCUGAGUAUCAAGUCCAAGAUGAAGAUGGCCUGUUCUACGUGGAAGCCACACUUAUGGUCAGAAAUGCCUCUACAGAGACUGUGUCCUGCUUCAUCCACAACCCCACCCUCACGGAGGAGAAGGGGUCAGUCAUUUCCAUCCCAGAGAAAGUCCAGACUGAGCUCGCUUCCUUAAAAGUGAUUGGACCUUCUCAGCCCAUUCUCGUCAGAGUGGGAGAAGACAUACAGUUAACCUGUUACCUGUCCCCGAAGGCUAAUGCACAGAGCAUGGAAGUGAGGUGGGUCCGAUCCCACCGUUAUCCUGCUGUUUACGUGUAUGUGGAUGGGGACCAUGUGGCUGGAGAGCAAAUGGCAGAGUACAGAGGGAGGACAGCACUGGUGACUGAUGCCAUGGACGAAGGGACACUGACCCUGCAGAUACACAAUGCCAGACCUUCAGACGAUGGGCAGUACCGCUGCCUUCUUGAAAAAGAUGGUGUCUACCAGGAAGCCAGUUUGGAUCUGAAGGUAGUAGGACUGGGUUCUUCCCCACUGAUCACCAUGGAGGGACUGAAAGAUGGAGAAAUACAGCUCAUGUGCACUUCAGAAGGGUGGUUCCCACAGCCCCAUGUGCAGUGGAGGGACAUGGAAGGAAAGGCUAUCCCAUCAUUUUCAGAGGUCCUGACUCAAGACAGCCAUGGACUGUUCCACGUGGAGGCAUUUCUGUUGGUCACAAACAGCUCUGUUGUGAAUGUGACCUGCUCCAUCAGCAACCCCCUUCUUGGGGAGGAGAAAAUGGCAACUUUUUCUCUCUCAGAGACCAGGAUGACUUUUACAUGGAAGAUACUGCUUAUUUUGGGAUUGCUUCUUGCAGUGGCUAUAGGCCUGAUCAGGAGGAAGAGCUGCAGAAAAAGUGAAUGUGACACUGGAUCUAAGUACAGCUCACCCAGACCUGAUCCUUUCUAAGGGAAACAAGCACGUGACCCAUGGACAGUCAUACAACCAGACGUCCCACAGAGAUUUGAAGGCUCGCUCAACGUUCCAGGCCAGGAGGGGCUCAUGUCAAGGAGGUGGUGGUGAGAAGGGGAAGUUGGGGACAGGACAGGAAGGGUCCCAGGUAUUGCCAAGGACAAUGUGAGGGAGUCAUCUCUCUGUCACCUGAGAAUGGUUUGGGGCAAUUGGUUGCUAUGGACAUGAGCACUGGGCCAUUGCCUCUUCUCCAAGCCUCCUCUUCCUGAAGACGGCCCCAGGAUGGGUCAGAAUCUCCCUUGACUAUGCAUUUGGACACCUCUCCUUUUAUAACAUGACCAAGUACCCCAUCUACACCUCUCCCUCAAUUUUCUUCUCAGAAACUGCACACCCUCUUCAUUCUUUGAUCCCUGAAUAUAGGUUCUCCUGACACCAUUCACACAUCCAAGGGAGCCUCUGCAACACCUCCAGGGAAAACAACCUUGGAUUCUGGAUGCCAGGAUUAGAUUUCAAGCUCCAGCUUGUUUCUACUUUCAUCUUGAAAGGGAACUUACGAGACCAUCCUCAGUCCAGAUCAAGAGUGCUUCAACCUCACUCUGGCUUCAAAUCUGACCUGGUGACUGAUCCCUUCAGAGACCUAACUUAUCCCAAGCUCUCUGAUAUCCUGCCUACUGAUCACAAUCUGAUAUCUGAUGACCAAAGACCCUUAGAAAAUCCAGUGGGGAAUGCAAUUUAGCUUAGAGGAGGACAUGCAAGGAAUGAUUUGAUUGGUUUCUUUAAGAAGAACUUGGACAAUUAAUUAUCCAUGUAGGGCUAAGUAAAUGAAAAAUACAGCUAAAAAAGAAUAAGAAAAAAUACAGCUGAGUAUAAGGAGAAAAAUAUGAUCACUAAGAUAUAAUCUAGAAAAUAAUAUGAAGUGUGGAAUCCCUGCUCCAGACUUUUUUAAAAAGUUAAUAGAGAAUGUAGAGUGAGGACAAUUUUUAGAAAUUCUAGUCCAAGAGAAAAAUUAUACAUCAUGUAUAUGAAAAUGUCAAUUGUAUUUUAAGAGCAAAAUAAAGCAAAAUAUACACAAUUUAAAAGUAAUAAUUAUAAAAUAAAUGAACAUAAGCAAUAAAUGCAACACAGUAAAAUAUUUUAAAGUCAUACUGAGUUAAAGAAGAGAAGCUACAUGUUGAAGAAUAAAUAAUGUGAAAAAAGGAAGACGGGAAAUGUCUUAAAGUUUUCUGAAGUGAGAAUGAGAAUGCACUCUGCUGCUAUCCAGGAUGGCAGACAUCACAGAGUUUUCACUGUUUUUUGAAGAACAUUUAUCUACAGCAUUCUGGAGUUUCUCUUUCAGGUCAUAAUUGUUUUUCUAUUUUUGAAUUAAUAAAUUUAUGUUUGAAAUUA